AUGCAAAAUCUCCCCACAACGCUUGCCGAGAGCCCUAGACCACAGACAAGGAUGAGCUCGGUCCCAAGAUUAUUGCAAUCUCCUCUCGCCCUUGGAUCACCACGACCCCGACCUGCGACCCCGACCUGCGACCCGCGACUCGAGCCAUACGGCUUCCAUCCACGGUACACGAUGAGGCUUCUCGAGGUCCAAGCCGCAGUCAGCGCGACUGUACUACUUCUAUCAUGGCCAUGUGAGGCGAAACUUGGCCAUCAACUGUCGCCUCUGGAUAUUUUGAAGAGAAGACACAGCCACAGGAGGCACUUGUCGAAGGCAUUCGACAAAGUGUUGCAGAAGCGAGCUACAUGCGAAUUUCCUACGGAUGCCGGCCUCGUAGCGGUGACACCUGGGUCGAAAAACGGAGGUUGGGCACAGGCACCUGAUAUGCCUUGCUCGGCUGGGAGCUAUUGUCCAUAUGCUUGCCCUCCUGGGCAGGUGAUGGCGCAAUGGAACCCAGAGGCGAAAUCUUAUACGUACCCUGCAUCUUUGGACGGCGGUCUUUACUGCGAUUCGAAUGGCAAAGUCAGCAAACCAAUCCCAGACAGCCCAUACUGUGUUGAUGGGGCUGGGUCAGUCGCGGUCAAGAACAAGUGUGGGAGCACUGUCGCAUUCUGCCAGACGGUCCUGCCUGGAGACGAGUCAAUGGUGAUCCCUACGGCGAUUCACGACUUGGCUGGUUUGGCAGUUCCAGACGCGACUUAUUGGGCUAGCACGGCCGCGCACUAUUAUGUCAACCCUCCGGGAGUAUCCACUGAUAAAGCCUGUGUCUGGGGUGAAGAAACAACGCCAGUCGGGAAUUGGUCCCCUUACGUGGCAGGGGCCAACCAAGUUUCCAGCGGAAUCACCUUCGUUAAGAUUGGGUGGAAUCCGAAGUUCAUCGAAAACUCUGCCCUCACUGCCACCAAGCCCAAGUUUGGACUGAAGAUCGUAUGUGCCGGGUCUGGCUGCACUGGGCUUCCAUGCUCCAUUGAUCCGUCAAGCGAUGGAGUCGGGGGUGUCAAAAGCUCCGAUCAGGGUGUUGGAGCAGGAGGGGCCAGCUUCUGCGUCGUUACCGUUCCGAAGGGAGAGUCUGCCGAGAUUGUCGUCUUCAAGACUGAUUCUAGCUCUAGUUCUGGCUCUCCAGAUGCAUCAGAUCUCGCUUCCGACGUCGCUGGGCAAGCAGUCUAUAAGCCUGAUGCACCAAGCAAAGCUCCGGAGCCCGAAGAAAAAAGUCCAAGUCCAGAGCCCAAGGAAAAAAGUCCAAGUCCAGAGCCCAAGGAAAAGAGUCCAAGUCCAGAGCCCAAGGAAAAGAGUCCAAGUCCAGAGCCCAAAGAAAAAACUCCAACGCCCAUACCACCACCUAAACCCACACCCACACCUACUCCUACUCCAACUCCGACCCCGACGCCCAGUCCAACAUCAAGUUCAAUCUUAUUGACCAGCACUAGCACGUCGCCCUCCAGCUCGGAGCGCAAAAGCUCCUCCUUACUUCUCAGCAGCGCAGAGCCCACAUCGUCCUUCUCGGCCUCUCCCUCUUCUGCGCUGUCGGGAGCCUCGGAGGCUUUUUCGAAGACCUCUAGGAAAAGCUCGCCCCUCGUGUCUUCUUCGUCCGGGCCAAAAUUGUCUUCCGCUUCUCGGAAAAGCAAGGCUAGUAAGUCGUCCUCUUCCGCGUCGAAAUCGUCUACCAACAAAACUUCAGCCUACCCAGCGGCCCGUCAAUCAGCACAUGUUCUCUUCGAGAGUAAGGAUACCACCACGACCGUCAACGGCGCCUACGGUGGUAGCGAUACUACUCCAGCCGAUUCCCCAAUCGCUCAGGCAACCAACCAGUCUGGCGCUCCGAAAGGACUAGUCGCUUCUGGAAGCAUGUCAAGCCUCGUCGUCAUGUGCGCCGCCGCCAGCUACCUGCUGCUAGGGGGAGAGAAGAGGCUGGAUGCCAGGGCGGCAGCGGAGCGAGGCAAGGCAAGGCCGCAGACAUACUGGGUAGAUAGAUACCUCGGUCCAUUGUGGACCGUUUCCUUGAUGAAGCUCACGUGCAAUUAUCGGCCGCUCCACAACCCCACGCGCCGCCCAGAACGGCCGGCCAGUUCUACCACCUCUAACAUCUCUACCAUCUCAACCAACUCAACCACCUCUACCAUGCAAACCAUGCCUGAACUCUCUCCGGAAUCCUCGUCGACGUCGAGACCUUCCGCCAACCACCCGAAUGGCCCGUCCAAAACCGAAGCCCCACCCUCGGCCCCGCAACCCGUCAAAUCGCUUUCCGACAAUCUCGACGACCUGCGCUUUGAAACCACGCAUCGGCUCGAUGCGCUGGAGACCAGCGACAGUACGAGGGGCCUGAGGCUCGACUACCACGAUGCGCAGCUGGAGCAGCUAGCCAAGAAGGCAUCUGACUUGAAGGUGCAGGUCACGAGGCUUGUAAGUCUUGAAGCGGAGUGCGCAGCCAAACUCAAGGCACUCGGGCUCCAGAUCGAUGAGGAGAGGGAGAGGAGGAGCGGUGGGAAUGGGGAGUACACGAACAGCGCGGCGAGUCUUGUGCAUGAGGCGCAUCGGGCAAGGCUGGAAGACUUGGAGAGGAGAAUGGAAAAAGGGUCGCAAGUCAUCAGCGCCGUGGCGGCUGCAAUCUUGGGUCUUGAAGAGCAGGUGCAGGCGGCAGAUGAGAUGCGAAAGCUGAUUUUCGAGAGUGUGGUCGAGCUGGAAGCGGAACUUCCGGCCAUCAAGACGGCUGUUACGGAGCUCGAUGUCAAGACGGAGGAAGGUCUUGCGAAGCUGGACCAGAAGGUCACGAAGCUGGAUGAUGACAGCAACAUUUAUCUCGAGGCCCUUAACAACCUUGGCCAGAGGUACAACCAGCUGGACCUCGCCGUUGAAGCUCUCGAAAGGCACAACGAAACUGUCCGAGACUCCCACGAGGAUGGCGCUGUCGAGGCACAUUUCGAAAGCCUGAAGACGGCCCAAGACGAAAUUCUCGCAACCCACGAUACUCUGGUGCAGAAUCACGGUACGCUAAACGACCGACUUGAGCGCGUGGAAUCCUGGUGCGACAACGCUUCCCUGUACGAUACCGCAAUGGAGUCGAGGAUCAGCGAGUUGGAGGUCGCUCGUGUUGAGACCAAGUCGACUUUCAAAAAUCUACGAGGAGACCAGAAGAGUCUGCGUAUCAGACUCGAUCAGGUAGAGCAGGGAGAACAAGAUUUGAAGGCCGCGACUGGAUCCAUCCCAGCCAUCGACUCGAGACUGGGAGAUCUGGAAGCAUCCAAGACCCAAGUUCUGUCAGCCAACGAGAAACUCGACCAGAACCAGAAUGUUUUGAGAAAAAGGAUUGAAUCCGUCGAGACCGCAUGCUUGAGCCAGCUGAAGCGCAUAGACAAGAUGCAGGGAUGUAUUACCACCACGAUCAAUUCUGUGGAACAUAUGAACGGCCAACUCGGAGAUCACACAAAACAUAUCGAGAGCAUUCGCGGAAAAUACAAGCAUAUUGUCACCUGGUACAAAUAUUUCGACGAAGUCACCAAGACCCAGAAGGUGCUCAUCGAAGAAUUGCAAGCCGAGGCCAACCGACAGCUUGAGAGUGAUGUGGCCUUCAAGCUGGAUAUCGAGAGCCGAAUCAAGCAACUGAUCACGGAUAACCAGAAACGAGAGGAUUCUAUGAUGGACCGAAUCAAGGCCCUCGAAUGCAGGGAUAAGAGUUUGAGCUCAGAGCUUGCGGCGUUGAAGCACCUGAGGGCAAGCCCGGGAAAGAGAAGCAGUCGGGAUUCGACUGAGACGCCGCCGGCGCCUCACGCGAAGAGACCGAGGAAGUUCUGA